AUGAAUCAUACAAAUAUAUCGUGUCCUGAUGUCACCUGCCCCGCAGAGAUGACUCAACUGAGCCCUGACAUGACGGCUGACGUUGUCAUGCAGUGUUCAGAAAACAUUGUCAAAAGUGAAAACAAAACACCACCUCCCAGCGGCCUGAAAGAACAGCAGGCUUUCUACUGCACGCAGUGCUCCAUUUCCUGUUGGUCGUUGACAGACUUACGGCGCCACCUUUUAAUCCACACAGACUUGGACUUGGUGGCCUACGACUGUCAUUACUGCGAAUUUACAUGUAGUGAACAGUCUGAGUUCAACGGUCACCUCGCUAGCCACAUGGAAGUUAAUGGAUUCAUAUGUUCGUUGUGUGGCUUGACAUGUUGUUCCAAGACAGCUUUGAUCCAACAUACAAUAUCACACAUGAAUGAUUCAGAGGAUGAUCACCUGCUGCCCUCUAUUGACACAAAUCUCAGCCCUUCUGAAGUGCACAAAAAUUGCUUAAAACAGAAAAAAAGUUCUGACCGAUCAAAACUUGGCUCCAAUUCCAAACACUCUUCCCAAACCAAGUCACAGAAGCUUUUAAAAGAGGGGCAAAGAAAAGGACGCGCAGAAAACUCUAUCGCCCACAAACCAGAUUACGACUGGUCUAGUGUUGCACAACUCACAAACAUGAAGGGAGAUAGAUGCUGUGAAGCAAGACAAUCAGCCAG